AUGCAAAAUUAAUGAUCCACUGACAGCUGUUCAGCUUUCACACAAACAGAUCAUCUGACUAAAGUUAAAUUUUGUUCUGUUUAAAUGUUUUCUGUGUUUGUGCUCAACAGUUAUUUUGCUUAUGUUUAUCUAUCUCAACUUCAAGAACAAGUUUGCAAGCAGUAACGAUAUUUGUCUAAGAUUUCAACAGAAUCCACUGGCACAAUGACUUGACAGUACUGACAUGGACAUAGUGCACUGAUAAUUUAUGCAUGAUACCUGAGUGUGGCAACCAUGGAAGGCGAGUCCGACCCGUUGUUAGAGAAGCCUUGGAGUGUGCAAAGGUCACAGGGUCAUGGGACUUUCCACAGCUCAAGUCAGAGGUCAUCUGCAACAGAUAUAUAUUUUCAUUCAGAAGAUGAAGAUGAUAGUUUGCGGGAGAUUUCAAGACUACCAGAGGUGUCAUUAUUGGCCACCAUGAAAAGAUAUGUUAAGGAGUGUUGCAAUGUGCAUGACGCGAAGAAAAAAUUCCCAAUAAUAAAAUGGUUGCCUAAAUAUUCGUUUUUAGAUGCCCAAGGUGACAUUAUAAGUGGCCUGACGGUGGCGAUGACUGUGUUACCCCAGGGGCUUGCGUACGCUGUGGUAGCCGGACUGCCCCUGCAGUAUGGGUUGUAUUCAGCCUUCAUGGGGUGUUUUGUAUACACGAUUCUGGGAACAUCAAAGGACAUCACAUUGGGACCCACAGCCAUCAUGUCACUCAUGACUGCAACAUUUGCAACGUCACCCAGAGAGAACGACCCAACUUACGCCCUCAGUUUGACCCUUAUCUGCGGUGUUGUGCAGGCGCUGAUGGGGCUUUUACAUCUUGGGAUCAUGGUGAACUUCAUCUCCUACCCUGUGAUCAACGCCUUCACGUCUGCUGCAGCAAUCACCAUAGCAUUUGGUCAGGUGAAGGGUGUGCUGGGAUUGCGUGACAUUCCUAAGGACUUCCUCGAACAGGUGUAUGAAACAUGCAGGAAAAUACCGGAAACAAGGGUGUGGGACCUGACCAUGGGGCUGUCAAGUAUUGUGAUCCUGAUCCUGAUGAUGCAACUUCGGAAAAUAAAAUGGCAUCAACCUGGGCCCAACGAGCGCAUUCCAAUGCCAGUUCUCAUGUUUCGCAAGUUUGUCUGGCUGUCCAGCAUUGGGGCCAAUGCAAUAUUGGUGGUGAUAACAGCCGGGAUUGCAGCCAUCUUGGACGUUCAUGGGCAUGGGGACGCGGUGUCAACCAUUGGCGAGGUGCAGGCGGGGUUACCUCCCUUCAAACCCCCCUCAUUCUCCAGCGACUAUUAUGACACCCAGACCAACACAACAGUGCAUUUAGAUGCUGGGGAUAUUUUUUCUCACAUUGGUACUGGCAUUAUUGUGGUGCCUAUACUGGGACUAGUAGAAGCGAUUGCCAUUGGAAGAGCUUUUGCUCGUCAGAACAACUACAGAAUAGAGCCAAAUCAGGAGCUGAUCGCUAUUGGUAUUGCCAACAUCAUGAGUUCCUUUGUGUCCAGCUACCCGGUCACCGGCAGCUUCUCCAGAACUGCUGUCAACUCGCAGAGUGGCGUGCGCACUCCCAUGGGAGGCAUGGUUACAGGGGGUAUAAUCAUCCUAUCGCUGCUGUUCUUAACCCCCCUGUUCAAGUACAUUCCUCAACCUGCCCUGGCAGCUAUCAUUAUCGUCGCUGUCGUCCAGAUGAUCGACUAUGAGAUUAUCCUUAAUUUCUGGAAAAUAGAAAAAUUGGCUUUCGUUCCAUGGGGCGUCACAUUCUUAGUAUCCUUUGGACUCGGACUUGAAUAUGGUAUUCUUGUUGGCAUUGGAGUGCAUCUCAUGAUAUUGCUGUACCCUGUGGCCAGACCGAAGAUCACGGCUAAAUAUCUGGAUUACGUGGUGAUCACAUUUAACCAGUCAAUUAGAUACCCCUCUGUGGAAUACCUACAGAACAAGGUGCAACAGUACAUGUACAAAAACCAAGAUGCGGGUGGACCUCCUAUGUCCGUUAUUCUCGACUGUCAACAUCUCACCACCAGCCUCGACUACACCACCAUGAUGGGUCUGAUAGAAAUAAUAGCAGACUUCAAAAGAAAAGACGUCCAUUUCUCCAUGGCAGGCUGCAAAAAAUCCAUUAUAAAAGAGCUGAAGCAUGCAGACAUCAAAGACAUCAUCUUUGGUGAUACAAUUGAGGAUGCAAUAAAGAAAAUACAUGAGGCAGAGCAGCAUGGUUCAUUUGAAGACCAGUUGGAGAGCAUAACGAUCAUCAAGGGUCGUCUGGCAGGCGCCACUGCUGUCAACGCGACUCCUGUGCCAUCUCGCCGUCUGCCUAGACUUUCGCCCAAUGGCGGCCUUGAAACGAGCCCGGAGAUGCCCGCGCCUGCGCCUGCCACCCGUAUAGCCCGGCUCUCGCCCGUUAGGGUCCCGGAAACCAAUCUAGCUAUUUCAGAAGAGUCUGAUUCAGAUGAUGAGGGUAAAUUUGGUUCGCCCGACCAAGAUAAAACGUUGCGAAUGUGAAAACUAGCAGAUGAUGUGAGUAUGCUUUAAAUGGAGGAAGACAGACUUAAAAGGGAACAAGUUUAGGAACUUCUCUGCAAUGAGCUGAAAUUGAUCAAUAUUCUUGCCAGAAACAUUUACAUUCCGCAGUAAACAAAAACGGACAGUAUGCCUUCUUUAAGUAUUAUUAACCCUUUGCAUGCUGGGAAAUUUGUCAUCUGCUAAAAUGUUGUCUGCUGAAUUUCUAAAAUUAGCAUUUUCUUUGAUUUUUUUUCAAAGAAUACUAUCAGAAUAGCACACAGUUUGGAUCCUGAUGAGACGCCACGUUCUGUGGCGUCUUAUCUGGAUCCAAACUGUUUGCAAAGGCCUUCAAAAUUCGGUUGCAGCACUGAAAGAGUUAUAACAAGUUGUUAUAGCUUUCGCAUAAAAAGGUUGUAUCAUAAAGGUAUGCUGAUUUGUUGUAUACUUGUUGUGAGAUAAAUAUAUCCUGAACAAUUUCAGUCUAUAAAAUUUAACUAUUGAUAUAUUUAUGCCCCUUCUGAGUUAAAGUAUAUACAGCUACUGGUCAUUCUGUAUAAUUGGCAGAAUUAUGGCCCUGUGUUUGUUUUUUCCAGUGGAAGAAAAUAGUCCAAAGAUAUUUGUCUUUCAACACCUGUUCAGUUGAUCUUGCUCUAACUUUCUAAAUCAUCUAAAUGUGUAGAUAAUUGUUAAGAAUGGACAUUUGACUAAGGUUGGUUUGUUGGUUUUUCCACUAUAUAGACUGUAGUCCUCAAAAAAUGUUGUUGAACUCCUCUGUAACUAAAGGGUGGAACUUGCUCAGACUUCAAAAGUUUAAUAGCCUUAAUGUGGUGAUGCAGUUAAAUAGCCUUAAAGUGUAGAUGAUUGUAAAAAAGGGAAAUUUGGCAAUUUCAAGGAACUUUGUCAGUUUUUUUACUACUAUAUAUUUAGUCCCAAAAUGUAUUGUUCCCGAUGCCUCUUAUGGUGCUCGAUGGAUUGUUGCUGAAUGUAUAAAAAAAAAUUGUCUGUUUACUUACCGCCACGUGUUUGUGAAAGUAUUGUAUAUAAUACAUGAUACAAUUUCUCAUAUAAUAUUAAAGCAACACAGAUGAAAGUAUUGUAUAUAAUACAUGAUACAAUUUCUCAUAUAAUAUUAAAGCAAGACAGAUGACGAGUAAAUUUGGUUGUUCAUAUUGCAUUUAACAUUUUUUAUCAAAUAUACACAUAUUUGUAUCUAUGUAAAAAAAUUAUUUUUUGUAAGAGGUUGCACUUGAUCAAAAGAUAUUGAUAUGUUUUUGUAACAUUAAGUUAACCAAAAAACUGAAUUAAUAUGUUAUAUAAAAUGUCUGAAUGCUUGUGAAGCAUAUAGGUAUAUAAUAUAUUUACAUUUAUUUGCAUUAUUGUAAAUAGUUGUUCAUGUCUUACUCAGCAUUUUUAUUUUCAGAUAAUUGUGAAAAUGAUGCAUUUAUAAUGCAUAUGAGCCUUUCUUUGGGAAAUUGGAGUUUAAUGAAUAUGCAUGAAGCAUCGUCCCAGUUUAGCCUGUGCAGUCUUUGCAGGCUAAUCUGGGACAAAACUUUCCACUGUUAUGGAAUUGAUUUAACCAUGUUUUCCCAAAGCAGGCUUCAUAUGCUCAAUUUUGCUUUUUUUUUCUGCGUCUUUAGAUUCUAUUUAUUUGAUAAAUAUUGUUUAAUGGCUGAUAUUGCAUGUGACACUAUUAUGGUUGUAUUAUUUUUUAUUAUGAAAAUAUAUUCUUCUAGAUUUUCAUACUGAUUGUCCUGUUUAAACUAUUUUAUAUAGCAUUUGUUUUAUGCGUGCACUGUUCAAUUUGUGAUAUUUGAUGAUAUUAAUCAGUAAUAAACAAUAAAUGAAUA